AUGUCCUAUUGGUAUGGUAAGGUGGUUGAUAUCUAUCUCAAGGCUGGCAGGAUGUAUGGCUUAAAAUACAGUGGUACUAUUGCAAGGUUGACUUGGAAGACGAGGAUGUUGACGUGUGUUGGUGAAUAUGAGCUCAUCCUCAGUGAUCUUAUAACUGUAGUGGACAUGUGCUGUGUCGAGGAUCACGCAACCAUCCUGCCAUACAAUGAAGGUGAUUUAGUGCAGCCUCAAAUACCAAUAGGGACACUGUACAAUAGAUGGACCAUUGAUAUCAAAUUCUCAAGGGAUUAUAAAAUGGUGUACACGAAAGCAGUUAACAUCCAUAACUCCCAGAUAGCCACCAAGUGUGCAUGCACUCAAUGUGAUCCUGCAUUUCACUUGCCAAUGACCCUCCAGCGAUACUGCAGGACAUGCCACCAGUGGUUUAAUGAGGAAUGCAUUGCGACUCUUGGGCGUCAGCUGCAUAAAAAUGUGAAGGCAGGCCUACCAUCCCUGUAUUGUGAUAUUAACUUUGACCUGGAGUUUCUGUCGCUGUUGACCUUGCCAAUUUGA